AUGGCAGAAAGGCCCGAACCCCUAUCACAGGACACAAAUGGCGUCAUGCAACAGGUCGUUCGACUGCCUCGGCUCGUCUCUCGAUUGCAAUGGCAUCUUCGUGCUGCUCUCCAGACAGGGCAGGAGGAUGUCGACUAUUCCGGAAGGCUAAACGGCGCCGUCUGCGCUAUCUGCGUUAUCAGCGGUGGAUGCCCGACAAAGUGCUGUGUACGAGAAGGCAUCACGUACUCGUAUGGAUCAGGACCUGUGCAACGGCGGGCUUUCCUGCUUUCAGCGGCCUUGGCGAAACAGGCCCCGGUCUGGUGGACGCCCGUCUGCCGCUCCGGAUUGGCUGUCCGCAGGCGCUCUGCAUAUCGGCAUCGUAUCCCCAUCAAGAGCGACAGGGGGGCAGUGCUGCUAUGUAUGCAGACGUUCUGGAAGAACGGACGGACGUGGGUUUGCAAGAGGUGA